AUGUCAGCUUUGCUGUCCGCACUGGGGACGUGCAGCAUAAAUGCCGCUGCCGAUCUCGAGCACUUGGGCUGCUUGGCGUUUUUGAUCGGCGGCGUCGCCAGGGCGGUUGCCCGCAAGAUGAAGUACCUUCCCCGCCCUGAGAUACGAAGGCGGGCCAGCGUGUUGGCGGACGGACACGCACGAGGUCGCUUUCCAAGCAGGCCCCGCUUGUUCGAGUACAAGAAGGUAGGAGCUCGGAACACCACAGUACCGAGGCGUGAACUUGAACCCGGUGUUCUGUAUAUCCCUGACACACGCCUUUUCCCCGUGCUGGACGCGUUUUACGUGGCCGAGGUGCAGCGGGCGGCAGCUGCCAAGAAGGAAUCCGGGCAGGCCAGCGACACUCCCACCGGUGGCCAGAGCAGCGCCGAGAGGGUAAUUACGUUUAUCGGGCUGCAGGUGACAAGGCAAGAUACUCACAACACCACCGCCAGUAAGAUGGCUUCAUUUAUGGAAUACAUGACACUCAACUUCAAUAACUGGGAGGUGAUGAGUGAAGCGAUGGAGUGGGAGAUCAUUUACAUCCAGCACGCUGAUAGCACGCCGAUGACGGGAAGGCAACAAUGCACUUUCACGGGACAACGUUCGUCGGAUCCUCAGGCUCCCGAGAACUUCUGGGAGAGAAAGGUGGAUCAGUACCAGGUGCAACUUGACGCGGAGAUUGCCCAGCUACUGAUUGCCGCCGUCAGC